GCGGCUUCUUGCAGAGCUGGUUCUCCCCGGCUUCGUCGCCGGCCUGACGGUCCGGGGGCACCCCGUGAGAGGAGAAGAGGGGCCCGGGUUGAGCCUCCUCACAGUUCCUUGGCCGAAGUGCCGGGGAUGGUCUAGAAAGCUUCGCGCGCGGUCCACGGGAGCGCUGCCAUCCGCUCGGCUCGGAGGGGGCGUCGCGGCGCCUUCCCCAGCCAGUCAGUGGGAGAAGGUUUCCCUGUCCCGACCCCGCCAGAGUGAGACAGGGCGAGGAGCUUUUGAACAAGGAAACAGGCUCAUCUUUACAGUUGUUGUAUCCGGGAGAGCCGCUUCAGUUAGUGGGAAUGCCGGCAGGCUAGACUUCCUACGCCGAACCCGUGGCGCUUAGUUCUGGGGCCAGGAGGGCCUUCUCCCCAUUUGGGGAUUGGAGUGCGGCACUGCCGUCAGAGAGCCUGCUGAGUUCCGGGUUGUGCCGCCAAGCAGGAAAAGGUGUACCCUCCUAGAGCCACCCUCUUGCAGUCUUGAAGCUUAAGAAAAGAUGUGGAGCGGACUGCUGCCUCCUGGCCUCAAUGAAAGUGAUAUUGAGUUGGAUUCUGAAGAUGAGCCCACAGUACAGAACUUUGAUCAUAACUUACAGGAAGAUAAAGAGGAUGGGACCAUUGGAGAAACAGAAAUCGCAGGUUGCUCGGCAGAUGAACCAAAACCUGAAACAGAGACCAAAGCAAAUGCAUAUGAAGAGUGCCCUUCUGGAAUUCCCUUAAAUAUGUGGAAUAAAUUUCAAGAACUGCAUAAAAAACAUUCUGAACAGAAAACUUCAACCUCAAGAUUCAGAGGGAAAAGGAGAAAACGCUCCAGAAAAGAUAAACUGAAGAAUGAAAAAGAAUCUCAAAAUGAGCAGUCCUUAAAUGAAACCCAGUGGAAGGAGCUUACUCAGUACUUUGGAGCCAAUGAUAGAUUUGAACCCCCUGUUAAAAAGAAAAAGGUUGAAAAGUCAGGCCUUGAAAAGAGGAUAGACCAGGCUGUGGAUGAGUGGGAUGUUGAGAAGGCUGAGGAACUGAGCAACCAGCUAGCUACUCGAGAGCUUGGUGUACAAAUUGCCAAAGCAAUUGCCUGCCACAAGUUUGUAAAAGCCAAAAAGGAGGUUGAAAACUCGCAGGCUGCUCGGAAAAAGAAGAAACUCGCGUGGGGGUUUGAAGCAAAGAAGAGAUGGGAAACCAAAAGCAACAUGGGAUAUAUGUAACGGGACAGAAUUCUUCAAGACACAUGUAGACUUGUGUGCUUAAUUUACAGAAAAGAUUCUUCUGCUUAGGUUAAAUAUAUUAGGAAAUUGAUAGAAGUAGAAAAAAGUAAGCAUAAAUCUUGGGAGUUAUCAACUCUUCAGUUUUUUUCUAAGAAGUUCAUUCUGUUGAAAUAAAUGGAAUGAGGUAUUUUGUUAUUUAUGUCAGAAAUCUAAGCGCACAUACAGGAAGAGGAGAUAGGAUUUUAUUUAUUUGUAUAGACCUAUAGUAUAAAAUCAAUUUUGCUUUUUAUCUGUUCGGUAUAGCAUAACCAUGAUCCUUGUACUUUCUUAUCUGUUCUUGGCAUAACUGUAGUUUUUCUGGAAUUAUGUUUUUAAGAUUGGCUUUUGUUAAAAAUGGAUUAGUCAUAAGUGCAAAAAAGUCUCAGUUGAUGCCGUCUUUCCAAAUGACUGUAAUUAUCUUAAUGCUAUAAAAACAAUUAUUGAUUCUUUAUUGGUAGCAAUGGCAUUGUUAUUUCAUAGUCCAAUGUAAAAGCAAUUGAUUAAUUUUUGUGUACCUUCAGAUGAAAUGAUUACAAUGAAAAAAGGACAAAAUAGAGUAAUUGGGGGCUGAUUUAAAUUCAGCUCUGUCUAGAAUGUCUUCCUGUAUCUCUCAGCCAUAUCAGCCUUUAAAUUAUGGGAUGGUUCUUAGAAGAAAAAGUGCUGUGACUAUUAAACAGACAGUCAUAACCCAGGGUAACUGAA